AUGAAAGAGGCAGAUGAUAACAGGAUACUUCGUGUCUUGGUAUUACAAGCCAGUGAUUUGCCUAAGAAAGACUUAUUUGGUCAGGUUAACUCUUACUGCAAACUCUGGAUCAAUGACGGUCUUCAAGUUAAAUCAACUUCUACUAAAAAAAAGAGUACUUCUCCUUACUGGGGAGAAGAGUUCCUUUUCAGAGUGAGUUCUAGCGAUAUAAUUCGAUUUCGGAUCUACAACCGCAACUGGAUGACUCGAGACGAACUACUUGGUUCGGUAGAUGUACCCUUGUCUCAAAUAGUAGAGCACAACUGCGAAGCUCGUGCCGAACAGUAUACGUUAAAAUCUCGUUCUUCUAAAAACAAAGUAGCUGGAAGCUUGUUUGUCAAGUUAUUUUUCAUAGAGGAAGGAAGCUUUCCUUUGCCGCAAAACUACCAACAGGAGCCUGCUCGCCCAAGCACGUACCACAGCGAAGAUGUUUUGGAAUCUCUUCCCGCUGGCUGGGAAGAACGCAAAGAUUCAAGCAACCGAACUUAUUACGUUCACCACAACACCCGAUUGGUCGCCUGGGUGAGACCAACCAGAGAAACCGUAAACAACAUUCUUCUCAACGGGAUGCUGGAACAGCAGAAUGACUUCCGAAAUUUCUCACGACGCAAGUCUUAUCACCUUGCAUCACCUCCUCUCGCUACGGCUACUGGAGAAAAUCCCCAUCAACAAGCGGGCGCCUGCAAAUCUCCGCCCGCCGGGCCAAGCAACACUGCCAGCUCGACGUGCGAUAAACUGCCGGAAGGGUGGGACAUGCGGACCACCCCGGAAGGGCGCGUAUUCUUUGUGGACCACAACACCAGAAAAACUACGUGGAGAGACCCCCGACUGAUACCUAAGCCGAACCAAGUAUGCAUGGAUAGAGCCCUUGAAAACUCUGCCAAGGAGCCUUCGAAUAACUGUGAACCACUUCCUGCCGGCUGGGAAGAGCGAAGGACCCACGACAAUAGGGUGUAUUAUGUGGAUCAUAUAUCGCGUGUAACACAGUGGGACGACCCGCGGCGUAUGUUUAAAAACGUGACACUUCCCGCUCCAAAGUAUGACCGCGACUACAAAAAGAAAUUGGCGUAUUUUCGGUCGAAACUGCGACAGCGCGAAGGCAAAUUGGAAAUUCAAGUUUCCCGAGACAACUUGUUUGAGUCGUCAUUUCAGGAAAUCUCCAAAUACACUCCCGACCAACUCCGGAGGCGAUUGUGGGUUAAAUUUGUUGGCGAAGAAGGCCUUGAUUACGGCGGCCUCUCGAGGGAGUGGUUCUACUUGCUUUCUCACUGCAUGUUUACGCCGUACUACGGCCUCUUUGAAUACGCCGCUAGCGAUAUUUAUACGCUGCAGAUCAGCCCAGGUUCAGGAAUAAAUCCUGACCAUUUGCAAUACUUUAAGUUUAUUGGGCGGGUCGUGGGAAUGGCUGUUUUUCAUGGCAGACUUAUUGAUGCUUAUUUUACCACUCCCUUUUACCGAAAAAUUAUAGACAAGCCGGUGCGUUUCGAGGACAUACAAACCGUCGACAUAGAGUACUUUAAUAGUCUCAAAUGGAUUCUGGAAAACGAUGUCACGCAUAUGCUCGACUUGACAUUUACAGUCACGCAGGAGAAGUUUGGAGAACUCAAAGAAGUUGAAUUGGUAGAAAACGGAGCCAAUAUUUUAGUAACGGAAGACAAUAAAAAAAAAUACGUUGAAUUGCUUGUUGAAUGGAGGUUUCACAAUUCAGUACAAGAACAGAUGGACGCUUUUAACUGUGGUUUCUUUUCCAUAGUCCCGCGCUAUCUUGUACAGAUUUUUGACGAGAAAGAGCUUGAGUUGUUGCUCGGAGGGAUUGCGGAAAUCGAUGUUGAGGACUGGAAGCGAUAUACGGAGUAUCGUGGCGGCUACAGCAGCGAGCACCAAGUAGUUCUUUGGUUUUGGAGCGUGGUCGAGGACUUUGAUAACGAGAUGCGGGCCAGACUGCUGCAGUUUGUAACUGGAACCUCACGCAUGCCAGUGAAUGGCUUUAGGGAGCUUCACGGCAAUAACGGGCCUCAAAGGUUUUGCUUGGAGCGAGCGGCCACUAAUGACGGUUUGUGCCGUGCCCACACGUGUUUCAACCGCCUCAACCUGCCUGAGUACCCCAGCUUAGAAAAACUACGCGAGCGUUUACUGUUUUCAAUUGACAAUACUACGGGUUUUCUCCAAGAAUAG